CGCCGACAUCCCAAGUUGUACAUGACCAAGUUCAAAACUCCGUUAUAUUCGCAAACAUUCAAGGAGUUUCGCAUGGUCCAAAACGUGGCACCUUACAACAUAUCAACGUAUCUAAACAUCAUUAUUUUCAUCACGUCAACAGUUGCGUGGAAAUAGCACGCCGCCAUGCAGCCACUUAUGGCGGCUCCAGGGCGGCCUGAUGAGCAAGGAUGUAUGUAUACAUUGCAUCGAUUGGUCCAGCUCGCCGCGCCACAAAAGCUGCAUACACUGGUCUGGCUUCGGGUCAUAUCAUCAGCAGCGUUGGGGAGCGCUGCUAUUCAGUAUACACACUGAUACACAAUUCAUUCCUCGACUUGGAUAUUGGAAAUUAGAACGAGCUUUGUGGAUAACGAAGACGGUCGUGACCGAUCUUCAAACUCUGCUCUCUCCAGCCGGAUCGCACGUUCGUCACGAUGCAGGCCAGCGGUCUCGGGCCCGAUGACUACCGCGUAGGUAUCAUCUGCGCGCUUGCGACGGAGAAGAUGGCUGUUGAGGGUAUGCUGGAUGAGGAGGACCCAGGGUUACCGCGCCAACCUGGAGACGAUAACGACUACACCCUUGGUCGAAUUGGCAAACAUCGAGUGAUCGUCGCCUGCUUGCCGGGCGGCAUGACCGGGAACAACAGCGCCGCGGUUGUCGCGACGAAUAUGAUGCGCAGCUUCCCUAUCCGGAUCGGUCUAAUGGUCGGAAUCGCUGGUGGCGUAUGGAGCAAAGAGAAGGAUAUACGUCUCGGCGACGUGAUUGUCAGUCAGCCAGAUGACAUGCACGGCGGCGUGGUGCAGUGGGACUUUGGCAAGAUGGAGGCAGAUGGUUUUAAGCGAACAGGUACCCUGAACAAGCCGCCGCGAGAGUUAUUGAAUGCAGUACAAGGCCUACGAUCAUCGCACGGGCGAAAGGGAGAUACCCUGCACGUGCAUUUGGAAAAGAUGUUGGAAGACAACCCGAAAAUGAGGGACGAGGGAAACUUCGUAUAUCAGGGCCACGAGAAUGAUGUGCUGUACGAGGCGACUUAUAGACACGAGAACGAGAACGUCAAGACGUGUGCUCAAUGCGCGCAGUCGCGGAUCGUAAAACGAGCAGAGCGCGUAGACGACCGGCCGAGAAUCCACUACGGCAAUAUUGCUUCAGGAAAUGAGGUCGUUAAGGACGGACCGUCGCGCGACCGUAUUGCCGAAAAGGAAGGAGUUAUCGGCUUCGAGAUGGAAGCAGCAGGAUUGAUGGAUUCAUUCCCGUGUCUAGUUAUUCGUGGGAUAUGUGACUAUGCGGACUCGCACAAGAACAAGCGAUGGCAGCCCUAUGCAGCUGCGACGGCGGCGGCGUAUGCUAAAGAAUUGCUGUUGCGAAUCGCGCCAGACGAUGUAAUCCAGAUGCAGACCGCAAGCAAAGUUACGGAGAAAGCUUCGCAACCGAUAGUCUACAUCCCCUUCCCGAAAAAUAGUCAAUUUGUCGGCCGAAAAGACGAGCUUGCAACGUUGAAGAGACGGCUCUUCACCGCUCGUGAUUCUCAGACAUUGGCUGUAGUUGGCCUGGGAGGUAUGGGUAAGACUCAGCUUGUUCUGAAUUUUGUGUAUGCGAUUCAAGAGGAACAAUCCGAUAUAUCCAUCUUCUGGAUCCCCGCGCUGAGUGCCGAGACCUUUUCUCAGGCAAUGAAAGAGAUCGCCGGUCUGCUUCGGAUACAUGUAGCAGAGGGCAGCGAUCAGGACGUACGACCGCUAGUAAAGCAGCGGCUUUCCGCACCGAACAUGGGCAAAUGGUUGCUGGUUGUCGACAAUGCGGAUGACUUUGACGUCGUCAAUGGCUUGCUUCAAUUCCUGCCAAUGAGUAAUGAGGGAAUAACUGUGUUCACGACCCGGACAGCUAAGGUAGCACAGCAAGUCGCGCGAAGCAAUGUAAUUACGCUACAGAAACCCGCUCAAGGCGAGGCAAAAGAGCUGUUAAGAAAGGCGCUUGUGAGAGAACAAGAUCUGGGUGAUGUAGAAAGCACAAAUACUCUCCUGGCCGAGCUCGAUUGCCUACCCCUCGCGAUUACUCAAGCAGCAGGAUACCUCAACAUUAACAGCAUACCAAUCUCGGAAUACGUUCGCCUCCUCCAGAGCGCCGACCAGGAGAACUUAGUCUACCUGAUGAAGACGGAAAUCCGCGACAACACACGUUACGAGCAGGCAGCGAGUGCGGUGGCAACUACCUGGAUCGUAUCCUUUCGACAAAUAGUGGCAACAGACAGUGUUGCGGCAGAUCUCUUACAAUUCAUGUCAUGCAUCGAGUGGAAAGCCAUCCCGUAUUCACUCCUGCCUACGGUCGAACCGGAAGCGCGGACCAGAAACGCUAUCGGUACGCUGCAUUCAUAUUCUUUCCUCAGCACUCGUGCCGAUGGCAUAACGUACGACAUGCACCGGCUCGUGCAUCUGGCGAGUCGGAUCUGGGCCCGGGAUAGUGGUCGUACGGCGGAAAUUCAAGCAGAGGCGAUCGCGCACGUCUCCGUGAGAUUUCCGAACGGCGAAUGGGAAGAUCGGGAGACCUGGAGGGAAUACAUGCCGCAUGCUGAGCGAAUGCGCAGCCAAUGGUCAAGCGUUGACAUAGAUCGUGACUCGGAUACAGAAACCAGAGCUAAAAGCACAAUAUGUACUAGAGUAGGAUGCUGUCUCUACAAGGAUGGCCGCGUCAAACACGCGGUUCAAUGGAUGCAAAUCUCAUGUACUAUGACAAGCAGGCUUGCGCAGGACGAUCCGUACCGACUCUAUACGGAACACGAGCUUGCAAGGGCAUAUCAAGCAAACGGGCAGGUUACCGAGGCCGUCCAGCUACUCGAGAGCGUCGUUAAGAUUCGAUCGCGUANCCUCGUAGAGGAGCAUCCGAGCCGACUCGCGUCGCAAGACGCGCUUGCAGGGGCAUACCAAGCAAACGGGCAGGUCACCGAGGCCGUCCAGCUACUCGAGGACGUCGUUAAGAUUGGAUCGCGUAUCCUCGUAGAGGAGCAUCCGGACCGACUCGUGUCGCAACACGCGCUUGCAAGGGCAUAUCAAGCAAACGGGCAGGUCCCCGAGGCCGUCCAGCUACUCGAGAACGUCGUUAAGAUUCGAUCGCGUAUCCUCGGAGAGGAGCAUCCGGGCCGACUCGCGUCGCAACAUGGGCUUGCACUUGCGUACGAUGCGGAUGGGCAGACGGACAAGGCUGUCCGGCUACUCGAGAAGGUCGUCGCGACUUACGUGGAAUAUGCGAUAGAACACCCUCACCGACUCAUUUCACAGCGGGUGCUACUCGAGAUGUAUGAAGAGAGUGGGGACCCAGAGAAGGCCAUGCAGCUACGCAAUGAUAUUGUCGUGACCAAGGAGCUCCUCGAAGUGAAGUACUCAAAGGAUCAUACAUUGCCGCACAGGUCUGUCCCAAACGUCGAACCGCAAUUGCCUCACAAGAAAGAGGAUGUCUCAAAGGACAGACGAUGGAAACGCCGCAUUACUAGACUUUUUCGGCCGCAAGGCUGAUUACCCCACGAUCGGAAGCAGCAGGUAACGACGAUGGACACCGCGAAACUUCUACAAAUGACUGCGGUGGUGGUCUGAAAUCCGAUUCGCUUCUGUUUUGAAGCUGGCAUGACUCUAAUGAGUCGAAGGUCAAGCUCUAGGUGACAUGACGCCUACGCAGGACGGUGACAUUCCUAUUGAAAGCCUCUCGUUGCAGGGAAUAAGCCAUAAGAGCGCGGUGUACGAGAAGAGUCGAUGGCAGCUGAAGUGCGGCGAUCGCCAAUCGAUAUGAGGAUGAAGAGCAUGCCCGUCAAUCGAUCCAGUGGGCGCAGCGUGCUUGUCCGUCUGGCCGCCAUUGCUAUAAUCGAUAGACCCCUGCCACGAAUACGAUUACCAGC